UUCACUAUUCAAAACAUGGCUUGUUCCAUUAAAAAUACCCCACACAUCGCCACCACCGGCGCCGGCGGCGCCGCCUCCAGUCCGCUUCUCGUUAAACCGACGCACAUUCCGACGAUCAGAAAACCUAGCCACCGCCACAUAAUAUCAUGCAAAUCCACAAACAACCACGAUCAAGAACCGGCCGGAAAGUUUGACAGGAGAGACGUACUAAUCGGCCUCGGAGGGCUGUACGGCGCCACAACUUUAUCCGCCUCCCCGUUCGCUUUCGCCGCCCCUAUAUCCGCCCCGGACGUAACAAAAUGCGGCCCGGCCGAUCUUCCACAGGGCGCCGCCCCGACGAACUGCUGCCCCCCGCCCACGGCCACGAUCGUGGACUACAAAUUCCCUCCGCCGUCCACCACCAUGCGGGUCCGCCCCGCGGCUCAUUUAGCCGACAAAGCCUACGUGGCGAAAUUCAACCGGGCAAUGGAACUCAUGCGGGCCCUCCCCGACGACGAUCCCCGGAGCUUCAAGCAGCAGGCCGCCGUCCACUGCGCCUACUGCGACGGCGCGUACGACCAAGCUGGAUUCCCGAAUCUUGAGCUUCAAGUACACAAUUCAUGGCUGUUCUUCCCCUUCCACAGAUACUAUCUUUUCUUCUUCGAGAGAAUCUUGGGUAAGCUAAUCGACGACCCAACUUUCGCGAUGCCGUACUGGAACUACGAUUCCCCCGCCGGAAUGACGAUUCCGGCCAUGUACACUAACCCCAGCUCCCCUCUGUACGACAAGCUCCGAAACCAGGGCCACCAGCCGCCGGCGCUGAUCGACUUGAACUUCAGUGGCUCCGGCACCAUCACCGCCGAACAGCAAGUAAAGAGAAACCUCACCGUCAUGUACAGGCAAAUGGUGUCCAACUCCAAAACCCCACGUCUCUUCUUCGGCAGCGCCUACCGCCGCGGCGAGGAUCCGAACCCGGGAAGCGGGUCGGUCGAGAAUAUUCCCCACGGACCGGUUCACGUCUGGACCGGCGACCCGACCCAGCCCAACGGCGAGAACAUGGGGAACUUCUACUCCGCCGGAAGAGACCCGAUUUUCUACGCCCACCAUUCCAACAUCGACAGACUGUGGAGCCUCUGGAAAGGCCUCGGCGGGCGCCGCCAGGAUAUAACCGACCCGGAUUUUCUCGACGCCUCCUUCCUCUUCUACGACGAAAACGGGCAAAUGGUUCGGGUCAAAACCCGGGAUUGUCUGGACAACACCAAACUCGGGUACACUUACCAAGACGUGGAGAUUCCAUGGCUGAAGAGCCGGCCGACGCCGAAAGUUUCCUCCGUGCUGAAAAAGCUGAAGAAGCUCGGAAAAGCGAAAGCCGCCGCGGCAGAGACACACCGACCGCCGAAGGAGGUGCUUCCGGCGAAACUCGACAAGGUUCUGAAAAUCAUGGUGAAACGGCCGAAGAAGAAGAGGAGCAAGAAGGAGAAAGAUGAGCUGGAGGAGAUUCUCAUUAUCCAGGGGAUUGAACUUGAGAGAGAUGUUUACGCGAAGUUCGACGUUUAUAUCAACGACGAGGACGACGAGACGAGCACGGAGGAGAACACGGAGUUCGCCGGAAGUUUUGUGAACGUGCCGCAUAAGCAUAAGCAUGGGAAGAAGAUUAAGACGCAGUUGAGGCUGUCGAUUACCGAUAUUCUCGAAGAUUUGGACGCCGAGGACGACGAGCAUGUGUUGGUGACUUUGGUUCCGACGAACGCCGGAGAUUCCAUUACUAUUCACGGUGUCAAGAUUGAGCUUGACGACUAAUAAUCGUACGUCCGAUUUUUACGAAUAAUCAAUUUUAAUCAUAUAUUUUUUUUAAUAUUAAUUUCCUUUGUGCUGGAAAUUAACCAUUUGGUGUAAUAAUUGUUGUAAUGAACUAUUUGGUGUGUUUUGGUUUUUUUUGAGAAAGUAUUGAAAUUGUUGUAAUGUUGUAUGUGGCAUGUGAGGGUAUUUUGGGUACGACAGUAUUUUUGAGUUGCAAAUGAUUAGUCAAAUUUUGACAGCUACGAAAAGUUAGAGAUUACGU